UCCAAACCUCUAAGAAGAGAGACUGAGACAAGUAAGCAAUCUGUGGCAGAAUCGGAGAUUCAGGCCCGAAGCACCAAACAUAAAUCUGUUACCUCCCACCCUGACCCCUCCAUAGAGGAACAGGAGAGAGUAGAUCAGAAAUACGAUACAGAAAGCAGUAAUAGACAGAAACCAGACUCUGGAGAGACAGAGAAAGAUGGGACACCCUGCAAAGACAAAUUAUGCGAGGAUGACAAGGGUCACAUCAUGGAAGAAGUAGUGAAAACCUUUCUCAAGCAACAAGAAAAAUUGAAUUACAUUUUACAGAAGAAACAACAAAUCCAGAUGGAGGUUGAAAUGCUGGGUAACUCAAAAGCUAUGAAAGAACUGACGACUGAGCAGCAGAACUUGCAAAAGGAGUUUGAGUGCUUGCAGACUGAACAUAUGCAAAAGAUGGAGGAAUUGUAUAAUGAGCAACGGGACUUGGAGGAAAAGCUGAAACAAGUAAAGAAGCAAAAAUGCCUGUGUGAUUCCAGUUUCGAGAGGGAUAAGGAAACUCAAUAUGCAAACCAGCUGUUAGAAUUGCGACAAAGACUGGACCAAGCUGAAGCUGAUCGGAGAGAGCUGCAGGAUGAGCUACGACGAGAACGGGAAGCCAGGGAGAAGCUCGAGCUUAUGAUAAAAGAGCUGAAGCUUCAGAUUUUGAAAUCUGCUGUUAAGACUGUUAAUGGGGAGUAG